AUGGUGCGUGUCAAGAAGCGUACGUCCAAGCGCCUGCCCGUCAAGCAGCGUGAAAAGAUCCUCAAAAAAGUGCGAGAACACCAUAGAAGACAAAGAAGAGAUGCAAAAAGGAAUCCGCAGUGGAAAUCGCGAAGAAAACAGGAUCCAGGCAUCCCGAAUUCAUUCCCAUACAAAGAGGAGCUCAUGAAUGAAAUUGAACAAAACAGGCGUAUUCAGGAGGAGCAGAAAUUGGCCUCGAAAGAAGCACGUAUGAAAGCUGCGUCUGGAGAAGAUAUUGAUGACGAUGAUCUGAGCGAAACAGAAAUGGUCGAACGUGACAACGAUGACAUGGAAGGCGACGUACCAGAGCCUAACUCACAGGAUGAAGAGCCAAUUGAGCUGCCAUAUGCACCUCAGUUCCGUCGUUCACUCCAGGACCUUAUCGAAAAUCCAGAAACCGUUAAAACGCUUGUCUGUGUUGUUGAUGCCCGCGAUCCGUCAAGUUUUCGCAGUACAUGGUUGGAGAAUGUGCUUAAAGAAAAGAAAAGCUCACUUCGUUUGGUAUAUGCUCUAUCAAAGUCGGAUCUUGUACCUGCAGAAGUGCUUACAGGUUGGGUUUAUCACUUUAUGCAGCGAGGCUACGCUGCCUUUCCCCUGAGUGUCCUCCCUGAAGCUGUGAAAGACCACCCAGGCGUUGAUGCGUUCGCAUCCCACAUUGCUCUGAAGCAGAAAAAGGGAGACAUCGUUGUGGCUGGUUUCGAAAAUGUUGGUAAGACCUCAGUUGCAACUGCAUUGCAAGGCGCAUUCCAAGCAAUGCAUAAGGAUCUACAGGUGUUUGAUUCGCCCAUGCUCAUGUCACCACUUGACUCGGUGCCUCGCAGCGGCAUUGAUAAGGACGACGAGAAUGACGACGACGACGACGACGAGGAUGAAAGUGAACAAAUGGCAACUGAGCAGGAGCGAUGCGAGCGCACUGAAGCGAAGAACAUGUGGAUGCUAAUGCGCAACAAGGGCCAAGUUCAGAGAUUCAAAGACCCUAUCGCUCUCGUUAAAACACUGCUUCCUCGAGUGGCACAUCCUUUCGAUCUUAUGCUUGUGUAUGGAACGCCCGCAUUCGGCUCGUUUGUCCCUGGACAUGCAUCACUUGCGGACGAUGCACCGCUGGAGGACGUUGUCCGUGAGCAACGGCGACAAAGCAAUGAGAAGGCCCUAGCUGACACAGAAGAAUUCCUUAUUGGUGUAGCACGUUCUGUUGGCCGCUUGAAGCGGCAUGGCAUCCCAGAUAUCUUGAGUGCCGCGCGUAUUGUACUUCGAGACUGGUCACAUGCUGCCUUAGGAUACUAUGCAGUGCCUGCAGAGCGAGCAAAAGGUGUGCUAUCCCAUGGUUCUGAAGACGCCAAGCACCAAUGGCAUACGGCUGCAGGUCUGGUUGAACGAAUGAAGAUCGUGGCUCCCCGAAAAGAAUGGCGCAAAACAUGGAAGUCUCGAGAGUUACGCCUCCUUCCUAUGCCAUGUGCUCCGUACGGAUCUAGCAUGCUAGUCUUUGGUCCAAUACUUGAGGACGAAGAUGAAAGUGAUCAAAACGAGGAUGUUCCUGUGUAUGAAGACGAUGAAGACGGAGAUGAAGCCAGUGAUGGUGAUGACUACGACGACGAAAUGAUGAAAGACGUGGCAGAAGAUGAGGAUAUAGAUGAUGACGACGAUGACGAUGACGAUGACGAUGAUGAUGACGAUGACGAAGAAGAGGAAGAGGAAGAGGAAGAAGUCGAGGACGAAACUAGACUAGAGGAUGACGAGCUUUCACAAAGUCCGCCAACGAAGCAGCGUUUGGCCAAGGUGCAAAAGUCUGACAAGCCAAGGGCUACAACGAUUUCGAAGCGAUCGUCUAAGCCGCCAUCAAAGCCAAAGGCGGCGCCGAAACCCAAAAAAUCAGUACCGAAACCGGGUGAGGCGUAUGACAUUAAUGCGUACUUUUAG